AUGGAUAGCGUUGCACUUCCGGAGGCGCUGCCGAUACAUAAAGAUCAAAGAGAUAACUUCCAUGAUCUGCGAGAGUGCUAUAUAUCUUCUGAGUUAAGUACGAUUGAGAAACAAUACGAAAAAACCAUCAACCAGCUGACUACAUACAUCGAUCUACUGGAAGAGGAUCAGAUACUACAGUGCGUGAACAAGCUUACUGAGAGUUACAAAGAUACCUUAGCGCAAAAAGAACAGGCGGACCAAUUGGAUAACCAACUGGAGUCCUUAAAACAAGAUUAUCUGAGAAUAUCUGAUCAUUCACCAGCGACUGAUAUUGAUAGCUUCAGAGAAUAUACUAAUGGUACGGUCGGCAUUGACAGUUUUCAGAAAUAUUUCACCGAGGGCAUAGUAGACCAGAAACCUACCAUACCUCGAAACAACGUGAGACGAAAGCCAAAUACAUAUGAGAAGUUACUUAAAGCACUACCAUACAUAAUCAGAGACCCAACUUGUGUGAUACCCGAUGAGGACCAAGAAGAAGACGAUAUUCAAAUUGAAGGUGGUAAAAUCGAAUUGAAUUGCCCCAUUACUUGCAAACCGUUUGAGAACCCAAUGAUCUCCAAAGCUUGUAAUCACGUAUUUGACAAAGUGGGUAUCCAGAUGUACUUUGAUACACCAGAUAAGAAGAAAUGUCCCCAAGGAGCGUGUGGACAUGAGCUGACUGCGCGUGAUUUUAUCCCAGACAACAUUAUGAUGCUCAGAUGCAAGAUUAACAAUAGAAAGAAAAACGAUCAGGCUAGAAACAUGCUAGAUGUGUUAUGA